AUGAUCAGAACGUUCUCCCCAGUCAUGAGAAGCCUGGUUCAAGCCGCCGUAUGGAACUACGUUAGUUGCUGGCUCGUCGUUGUGAUGGUUACGAAUACCGUCGUUUACAACGGUUUCGCGACCAACAAUUUGAGCAAUGAUAGUGUACUGCGGCUGGUCUUAGUCGGACUCGAUUUCAUAUUCGUCAAUGCCGACGCCUACAGAUCUGACCGCGUCGACAAGGAAUCCAAGUGUUACCUAACUGGACUUGAGAACAGGGCGCCCGAGGAAGUAUGGGCGACCCUGGGUCUCGAACUUUUCGGAAAAUCAGAACGGUUGCAUACCUAUCACCCUAUAUAUAGAAUCAAUUUCCGGGAGGUUACAAAACGUCAAUACGGCACUGAGCGGCGAAUGUUCUGGGAUUUGCACGACAAGAGAUGCCAAGCUCAUGUGAGGGAGUGGUACAACGGAAAAACCGGCCCAUCGGCUUUCGACAAGAUCACCAAGCCAGUGCGGGAAGCAGAACUCAAGGCGUAUGAGAAAGCUGCUGAGGCGGUGCUGGAAAAGACACUCGCAAACACUGCCGCCAUGCUUGGCAUCUGUCUUGCGACCGCACUGGCACCAUGGACCUCGACUGACAAUACCGACGCGACCGCCUCGCAGCUUGGUUCUUACGCCCUACUAUUGACUAUUAGCACUGGUUUCUUUGCUAUAACUGGCAUUGUCGGGCAACUGCAGAACGCGACGAGAUCGGCGAGGACGCUCCUCAAGCUUCAGGAACGGACGAUCUACGCCGCUGCCACAGAUACAAACACGGCCAACAGCCCACUCCAUGACGGACCGCCAAUGAGUUUCACUGAGGGAAUACAGGGCCAGCUGGCCGUAACCUCGCUCAAGCUCUGGAAACAGGCGAGUCUCGGGGGGAAGAUGGGUUCUAUUUUUCUCGGGCCGGCUCUGACCCUUAUCCCACGACUACAUCGGGACUGCACUGAUCGGGCGAAUAUCUACUUCAAGGUCGGCAAAGAGGACUUUGCCAUGAAGACAGAUUUUGAAGAGUCGCCUGGUUGCUCCCCUCGCCUCUUUCGCCCUGCUCCACAGCCAACAUCGAAGGAUGCGGAACUUGAAGUGGUCUAG